AUGCCAAGUGUACUGGAGAGCAUCUAUGUGAUUGUGGCAUCUGGAGAGUGCUUAGUGGGGGUUUUGGCUAAUGGCUUCAUUGGACUGGUAAACUGCAUUGAUUGUGUGAAGACCAGAAGAGUGACCUCAUUAGAUUUCAUCCUUACUGGCUUAGCCAUCUCCAGGAUUGGUACAUUGCUGUCACUAAUAACAAGUAACAUUUUUCUUUUUGGUUUGAAAAGCAAUUCCAUUAGACAUCUGGUGUAUUUAGAAGUUAUCUGGAACCUCAGCAGCCAUUCAAGUGCCUGGUUUGGAAGUUGCCUCAGUGUCUUCUAUUUUCUGAAGAUUGCCACCUUCUCCCAUCCUGCCUUCCUCUGGCUGAAGUGGAGAAUUAACAAGGUGGUCCUCAGGAUGCUGAUGGGAUGCUGGCUCAUAUCCUUGCUCAUUAUCCUUACAAUGGCAGCAAGAAUUGCUAAGAUUAAGAUAGUUUCCAUUGACCAAGGAAAUGAAACAGUUACUCAUAAUAACCAAGAAUUUAAAACCCUUAAGUUUCCCACCCUGAUUAUCUCCAGUACUGGGGGUUCAGUCCCUUUUGCUCUCUCCCUCUGCUCCUGUUUCCUGUUAAUACUGUCCUUGUGGAGGCACACCCAGCAGAUGCGUCUCAGGGUCAUGGGCUCCAGGGAUCCCAGUACAGAGGCCCACGUGAGGGCUAUGAAAGCCAUUGUCUCCUUCCUCUUCCUCUUUGUACUAUACCACUUGGGCAUCAUUAUGGCAGUCUUUAACCUGUCUAUGCUUCACAGUAAACUUGUGGCAAUGUUUUCAUUGAUGAUCAUGAAUGUCUAUCCCAUGACCCACUCCAUUAUCCUAAUUCUGGGUCACAGCAAGCUAAGGGAGGCCUCUGUGAGGGUACUGGGGAAGCACAGACUGCCUCAAAGUCCCUGGGAAAGUCUAAGUGGCAGAGACUGAACUUUGGGAAACCUUGUAUUUUUCAGGGAGGGGGUGGCAGUAAAGAAGCCAUCGAAUAAAUAUAACUAAAUGUGGAGAAGAAUUUACUUAGAGCUCCAACAUUGCUCUUUUGUCAUUGAGACUCUAAGGUCAUUGAGACUUUAAGGUCAUUCUGACUCUUUGUGACCCCAUGGAUCAUACUGUCAACAAUGCUUUGUUGGCAAGGACACUGGAGUUGUUUUCCACGUCUUUCUCAAGUUGAUCCAGUGCAAAGUUUUGUCACAGAAACUGAGGUGAGUGACUUAUCUAGGGUCACACACAUAAGAAGUAUCUCAGAUUGGAGUUGAACUCAUAUCUUUUGGACUUCAGGCUCAGUGCUCAAUCCACUGAGAAGGGAUUCAUGAUUUUCAUAUUAAUGGAUAUGAUAUGUAUAAUCAAUAUGCUAAUUUAGAUUUCUCAGAGCUGCCUCUUCUGGCAUUGGUAUCAGAAUCUACAAUGCAGCUUGAUAUGAUCGAUCAAACCCUUGACAAAGCUCUCACAAUCACUACAUUCCUAUGCCUGUGUACAUUAAGUGAAGCAAAUCAAAGAUUUAGAACCUGUUCCCAACACAGAACUCUGGGCCUAUGUCCCACCAAAUAAUAACCACCAACAAUACUGGUCCUACAGGACUCCAAGACUCCUGUCUUGUCCUGCAUUUAUGGGCUUGUCAUAAGCAACCACUCAGGCCCUGGAAAUGAUUGUUUGUAAUCCACCUCCCACCCCCUUCUCACUUGUGAUUUGUGUGUAUAUGCUGUGCCUUUCCUCUAGCAUAGAAAGCAUUUGUCACUCUGAAAACAAUUAAUUAAACCACUACUUGUUUCCUGGCA